AUGUUCGGCCUCGCCCCUGUUUGCACGCUUGCUCUGCUCGCCGCCUCCGGCAUCGCCGGCCCCGUCAGGACGAAGACUGCGCUGGACGCACACCCAAGCUCAACGAUGGCCGUCGAGGCGCGCUACGAGAGCUACGGCCCGCCGCCCCCGCCCCCUGCACCCUCGUGCAAUACUGGCGAGCUCCAGUGCUGUAACUCCGUGCAAGAUUCGAGCUCCAAGGGCAUCACCGAUCUUCUCGACGAGUCCCUGCUCAGCCUCUUACCGCUCGGCUUCGCAAACAGCAAUACCCAGGUCGGCGUGACAUGCGAUCCCAUCGUACCCGAAGUUGGCGCAGCAAGUCAAUGCAACCAGCAAACUGUCUGCUGCGACAACACCUCCUUCCAAGGAAUCAUCGCGUUGGGAUGCAUGCCUAUCAACCUUGCGCUAUGA